UGCUAGGUCCGUUCUUUAUCAGUCAGUCGCUAGUUGUUGAGGAGCACCCUCAGAAAUUUCACGGGAAAUCUAAACAGUCCUUUGUUGGUCUCUCACGACAAUUCAUUAAUUAGUCGCCAUGAAGUUCAAUGCUAAGCUUCUUUUCUCCGCCUUUUUGGUUAUUGCUCUAGCACACUCAGUAUUGUCAGCUCCCGCAGCGGCUGAUGAUCUUGAGGAGGUCGAGGAAGUUCAACAAUACGAACAUAGAACUGGUCGCAAGGAAAGUGGCGUUGUCAAGCAAGAAGGUCGUGUCUGGCGAAUUCCAUUGAUCAAGAAGAAACUCCUUCUCCUCAAGUUCAAGAAACUCGGAGCUCUUACAACUUUGCCACUCCUUCCUCUCCUGCUGCGAAACAGUAAUGGCGAAGCUCAAAUUGUCCAAGUUCUUCCAGUUGGCGGCGGUUCAGGAUCCUCACCUACAUACGCCAUUCCCAGUGAUCUCCUCCAAGAGCAAGUAGUCGAAGUAGCCGAGGAGUCAGCUCCAGAAGAGGAGGAUGAAAGUUUCGCCGAAAAUGCUGAAGUCAUUGAAAUUGAAAGUGAUAGUGAUAAACCAUUGAGCUCGAACAUCGCCGCAAAGAAAAUCUCUGGACUUGCAAGCUUGCAAGGACUUUCGGGAUUGUCAGGCAUUGCUGGACUCUCAGGACUUGGCGGUCAGCAAGGAAUUAUCCAAGGUCUGGGUGGUCAGACUCCAAUUAUUCUCUAUGCCGUACCCUCACAAGUUGAAUAUGGCCGUGCUGCUGGACACUCCGUCAAACCAAGAAGGAGGCUCGUACGGAUCUAAGUGCUAAGUAAUGAAAUUUCUGAUAAGUGUACUGUACUGAAAGGCUAAAAUUUAAAUAAUAAUGGGAUAUUUAACAA